UGUUACACUGUUCGAUCAAGCGGCAAAGGUAUGUGUAGGAUGCUCUGUGGAUGAAUAUCGAUCUUUCUUCAAUCAAAGAGGGUGAAACAUCCUCCACAUACUAUAGAGGAUUAAGCACACAAGCGUACACAGAAAUAUGCUUCAUGAUGAUGCUCAAGUCUAUAAAAUUCGAUCAACGGGGAAAUCUCAAUAUUGUAGCAAAUGCAAUCCAAAAGACGCAACCGAUGGAAAGUAUCAAUGUUGGAGAUAUUGAAGAAGAGCCCACUCAAGAGGAAGAAAAGAAACAUUCACCCGAGAAAUCAAAAAAGAUAAACCCGUCUAGAAAGAAAAAAACUACGAUGGAGUUGCAACCCACAGAGCCGCCAAAGAAAAAAAGAAGAGUAGCCAAGAAAAAGUUUUAUGACUACAUUGAGAUUACAAGUGACGACGAUCUGCCGUUGAACAACAUUCGGUUGAAAACCAAAAAUAAGAAGAAGACAUCCCCAAUCAUCAAAAUCAAACAAGAGAAGAUCUAAAAUUCGUCUUGCUCCGUAUUUAGAUAAGUUAGGAUGUUUAUCGUAGAAUUUUUUCCAUUUUUAUUUAGAGGUAUAUUAUGAAUAUUACUUUAUUGCAUUUAAAUUUAUUCAUUAAUAGUUGCAUUGAUUCCUUUUUUAAAUAACAAUUAUAGUCAAAUGAAUUUAUACAAAUAUUCAAAACUAUAUAAAAAUAUCUAUGAAUUUUAUUUACAUAGUAAAAAUCAAAUUAAUAAAAAAAAUACAAAUAUUCAAAAUUAUAUAAUAAUAUCUAUCAAUUAUAUUUACAUAGUACAA